AUGGACUGCACACAAGAGACCUGCCCGGUCAGUGCAUCCAUCUAUGGCUACCGACCCAACAUCCCAGCCAAUGCCUUCUUCGUCGCCAUCUUCGGCAUUGCCUUCAUUGUGCAACUUAUUCAAGGCAUUCGAUACCGCACAUGGACGUACACCCUUGCCAUGAUGUGCGGCUGCUUCACCGAAAGCAUAGGACACGCAGGCCGCAUCAUGCUGCACAACGAUCCGUUCGGAGAGGCCGGCUUCAACCUACAAAUCUGCACCCUCACACUCGCACCGGCCUUCCUGGCCGCGGCCGUGUACCUUAUGCUCAAGCACCUUGUCCUCGCAACCAGCCCAUCGCUGUCCCGCUUCCCGGCCCGCUACUACACCUACAUCUUCAUCACCUGCGACCUGAUCUCGCUGGUCCUGCAGGCGGCCGGCGGCGGCACCGCCGCGACGGCCGACGGCAGCAUGUCGCAGCUGGACGUCGGCGACCACAUGAUGAUGGCCGGGCUGGCCUUCCAAGUCUUCACUCUCCUCGUAUUCGGCGCAUUGUCGCUCGAGUUCGCCUUCCGUGUGUGGCGUGCGCGCGACGACGUCCCCAGCGUGCUGAGGGAGGAGGAAGAGACGCGGGAGCUACGAGCGAGCCUGCGGUUCAGGGCGUUCGUGGUCGGCCUGGCCGCGGCGUUUGUGGCCAUCCUGGCCCGGUGCGUCUACCGCAUCGUCGAGAUGGCGGGCGGGUGGAGGAACCCGGUCAUGCAGGACGAGGUUGCCUUCGUUGUGCUGGAUUCGACUCUCAUUGCCCUCGCCGUCGUCAUCCUCACCGUCAUGCAUCCGGGCUACUGUUUCAACUAUCGUGCCGUCAAUCGCGACGAACUCCUCCUUGAGAAACAGCGUCGAAUGAGCAAGAGGGCCGGAAAACGUUCCGAGAAGGACCAACAGGUUGACCCUGGCAAGAUCGUCGUCAUCGUGGCCGGCAGCUCCGACGACAACAGCGAGGCCGAGCUCGGUAGGGCAUGCUAG